AUGGUUUUUGAUCUUCGAUGGGGCAUUCUCGCCACCGGCGGAAUUGCACAAACAUUUGUGGAGGAUCUUUUGCGUGAUCCAACGACCAAAGGAGUUACAGACGUCAAGCACACCGUUGUCGCCGUAGCAUCAUCUUCGUCCAAGGCUUCAGCCGAUUCAUUCGUCGAGAAGCUCAAGAUUCCCCAGCCAUGUGCGACCUACGGGUCCUACGCAGAGGCCGUCAAUGAUGCCAACGUUCAGGCCAUCUACGUUGCUACCCCACACUCACAUCACUUCCAGCAUGCGAUGCUGGCCCUGGAAGCCGGAAAGCAUGUUCUAUGUGAGAAGGCAUUCACCGUGAACGCAGCUCAGGCCAAGAUCCUGUGCGAAACUGCGCAGAAGAAGGGUCUAUUCCUGAUGGAAGCUGUUUGGACUCGAUACUUCCCACUCAGUAUUGAAGUGCGACGUCUAGUGCAAACCGGAGCCAUUGGGGAGGUCCUGCGAGUGGUUUCUGAUUUGAGCAUUGGAGACGAGCCUGAGACUGCCUGGGACUUGACCCACCGUAUGGUCAACAAGGACCUUGCGGGCGGUGCGCUUCUUGACUUGGGAGUCUAUGCUCUGACUUGGGUCUUCCAGAUCCUCUACCAUACCCUACCACCAUCCCAGCGCAAAGCACCAUCCCAGGUUGUCUCCCAUAUGUCAAAAUUCGCGGCCACUGGAGCAGACGAAGACACCACCAUGCUCAUCACAUUCCCUACCACCACCCCGUCCGCCCUUCCUAACCGAACAUCUCACGCCGUAGCAAUGACAGCCUUCCGCGUUGCCAGCGAUCCAGACAAUCGCGGCUCCGCUGGUCCCUCCAUCCAGAUCCACGGAACUAAGGGCCAUAUCCAGGUUUUCGGCCCUGCCUAUCGACCAGAGCGAUUCCGUGUUGUCCCAACUGCGCAAUCGGGAGAUGCAUCAAACGUCCAGGAUGUCAGCAUGCCUAUCCCUGACGAUGCGCGCGGCAUGUUCUGGGAAGCUGAUGAAGUUGCUCGCUGUUUGCGCGAUGGGAAACUUGAGAGCGAGGGCUUGCCUUGGGAUGAGAGUAUUGCGAUCAUGGAAGUCAUGGACCAAGUUCGCCAGCAGGGUGGUUUGACUUAUCCAGAGCGUCUUGAGUCGACUGAGUACCCCUUGGCUCUUUGA